AUAGGAAUGGCAGUGACAGAGUGGUGGAAGAACACCUCCUGUGGUGGCCGGAGAUCGGCUUUCAUGGUGUUCUUCUUGGUUUUACUUCUCCAUUGCAUCGCCAUACUACUCUUCACCAGUGGCUUCCUCCUCACACGAACAGAACUUCCUCACCAUAGUCAGUGUUCCGAUGUUUCCCAAUCUCCGUGCGGCCUUCCAGAUCGAUCUCCUCAAGGUGAUCAUGAUGGUGUUACUUGUUGGACCAAACCUGCUGUUGAUCGGCUUGUUAUCAUUGUUCUCGAUGCUCUCAGGUUUGACUUUGUUGCUCCAAGUACCUUCUUUGAAGAGAAAAAACCAUGGAUGGACAAACUGCAAGUGCUACACAAAUUUGCAUCUGAAUCAGAAUCAGCUGCUAGGAUAUUCAAAGCUAUUGCUGAUCCACCUACAACAAGUUUGCAGCGCCUGAAGGGGUUGACAACAGGUGGACUUCCAACUUUUAUCGACAUAGGGAAUAGCUUUGGUGCCCCGGCAAUUGUUGAAGAUAACCUCAUACAUCAGCUUGUUCAAAAUGGAAAGCGAGUAGUGAUGAUGGGAGAUGAUACUUGGACACAAUUGUUUCCUCAUCACUUUAAUAAAUCAUAUCCCUACCCUUCUUUCAAUGUUAAAGAUCUGGAUACGGUGGAUAAUGGUUGUAUCAGUCACCUAAUUCCAACCUUGUAUGAUGAUGAUUGGGAUGUCCUUAUAGCACAUUUUCUCGGUGUGGAUCAUGCUGGUCAUAUAUUUGGUGUUGAUUCAGUUCAAAUGAUUGAGAAACUUCAGCAGUACAAUGAGCAAUUGGAGAAAGUUGUUGAAGUUCUGCAGAGCCAGGCUGGUAGAGGUAGCCUGCAUGAAAAUACUUUACUUCUUGUUAUGGGUGAUCAUGGACAAACAAUAAAUGGAGAUCAUGGUGGUGGAAGCGCUGAAGAGGUUGACACGUCAAUCUUUGCAAUGAGUUUGAGAAAGCCUUCAAUUACAGUUCCACCCGAAUUUGAUGCCUCAUCUUGUAAACUAGAUUUGGAUGGAAGAGAGGUGUGCAUUAGUUCCAUUGAACAGCUUGAUUUUGCAGCAACAGUGUCGGCAUUGCUUGGAAUCCCCUUUCCUUAUGGAAGCAUCGGGCGUGUUAAUCCAAUGCUCUAUGCUUUAGUUGCUGGUACAUGGAAUCUUGAAGACUAUGAUAUGAGCAGUAGCCAGAGUCAAUUAAAACUGGAAGAAUGGAUGCACAAUUAUGCUAAAGUACUCUGCAUCAAUUCUUGGCAGGUGAAGAAAUACAUAGACGUCUAUACAGCUUCAUCAGUUAUAGGAUUCUCUGUCGACGACUUGAAGCAUGUAGCAGAUAUGUAUGCUCAGGCAGUAAACUGGUCAGAUUCAUUGCAUGAUGUAGCAUCAUGUAAAGAUGAAGCCUGUAGGACCUCAUUUGAUGCUCUCAAGAAGCAAAUAGAUUUAUACUCUAAUUUCUUGGCAAGUGUUGCUGAGCUUGCCCGGACCAAAUUCACAGAAUUUAAUUUAAGGAUGAUGGGUAUUGGUUUUGGCAUUUUGUUGAUAUCCAUAUUCAUCCAUGUUCUUGUAAUCAAAAGGGUGGAUGACAUAACCGUUUUUCCCUCCCGUGAAACCAGUUCUGUUUCCUUUGGGCUGAUUGUUAGUUGUACUAUAGUGACUGCCCGUGCAUGUAGCUUCUUAUCAAAUAGUUACAUCUUGGAAGAAGGAAAAAUGACGAAUUUUCUUUUGGCCUCUAUUGGCAUGUUGGGCUUACGCCAUUCAAUCAUGACAAAGAAGAUGAUAUUCGAAGCCACUGCAUUUGUUUUCUUGAUCUCCAUCCUAAGAUUCACGAUUGAACUUGGGCUAUCAAAGCCCCAGGAAGUAUUGGAUUUCCACAGUUGGAUGUAUGUAGCUGACUUGAUGCCAAUAGUGCCUUUGAUAAUAUUGGCCUGCCUGCUGUAUAAAAGCAUUGCUUGCAGCUCAUGUAACAGGCUGUUGAAAUUUGUUAUUACAGGAAGCAUAUUUAGUUACAUUCUACUUGCAUUGCAUUGGACUUUAGAAAGUAACUUAUCAAGUAUGACACCACUCAUAUUUGAUGGCAUUAAAGGCAAUUUCAUUCCUCGUGCAAUAUACAUUAUGGGUAUCGCACAACUGUUGUCCCUUGCAGUUCUUCAGUUCUUUGAAGAAGUUGAGAUUUCGAAGUGGGGAGAGAUGGCAGUUAUGAAAGCAGUGGCUAUAUUAUCUGUAUGGAGCUCCACGCUCAUGAUCUUGUCCGGGAAACAAGGACCCUGGAUCGCUUUGGCAUCAGUUGUAGGAGGCUGGCUGAUAUCGAGAUUGAAAGGCCUGGAACAGGAUAAUAAGAAUGCCACGACUGGUCUCUUAGCUCUGUAUUCUUCCCCUGUUACACAGUGGAGCCUUUUAGCAUCAUGUCUUUUCUUUUGUUCUGGUCAUUGGUGUGCUUUUGAUGGCCUCCGGUAUGCUGCUGCAUUUGUUGGGUUUGAUGAAUUUACUAUUAUACCCCAAGCAAUCCUUCUGACAAUCGAGACAUAUGGCUUUUCUCACAUUCUUCCAACUCUUGGACUUCCAAUUCUUGUUGCCUACAAAUACUCAUCUAAUGAGGCUAAGCAGACAAGACAAUCCUUAAUCCAACUGUUUCAGGUUUAUCUGAUAUACGGUCUUAUUAUGGCUGUCACAACCACGUUCACCGUUCUGUGUGUCAUAAUCCAAAAACGGCAUUUGAUGGUGUGGGGAUUGUUUGCUCCAAAAUUUGUUUUUGACGUGGUAGGACUUAUAUUGACGGAUGCCUUGAUAUGUGUUUCCUCAGUCUUCUACUUUAUUCAGACAUAGGUCAGUACGAAAGAUUAAAUCAUAUGUGAUCAUCAACACUCAAUUUUUCGAGUUUAGAAUAACAGAUACCAACCAUACUCGUUAACACACUCUACUUGCAUUUCACCAUUCUUAUCAUC